UUGCAUUCCCUGGCCGGCUGUCUGGUGCCGCCCGUGUCAAGGCUCAGCCACCGGCCAUCUCGUCAUGCUGCUCGACUGCGGCCCAAAAGCAACAACACCUCGCUCUCGCCGCUCACCACACAUACACACACACUUCGCCAACCUCGACCUGCACACCCAUCUCUGCGCCUGUCUUCUCGCGAAACCCACGAUACCCCUCGACCCAGCAGCUCUGCCACCCUACGUCCCCCCUGAACAGCCCGCGGCGUCUGCCUGGUCAACCCCGCGCCCGCAUCGCCAGAGAUUGUUCUCUUUCCCAACACAUUGACGGCCACCACGACGCGGGCCCCGGAUCCCACCCUUUAGCCCAAGAAGAGGCUUCCAACACACAGCAACCCUCUUGCAGACAUCCACACCGCCGCCAUCAUGUCGUGGGCCGGCUUCAAGAAGAAUGUCAACCGCGCCACGACGCAGGUCAUGAUGAAGACGGGCCAUGUCGAAAAGACAAACGACCGCGACUACGAGGUGGAGGAGCGCCGCUUCCGCACAAUGGAGGCCGCGUCCAAUCGGUUACAAAAGGAGGCCAGGGGUUACCUUGACUCAUUGCGAGCCAUGACUGCUUCACAAAUGCGCAUCGCCGAGACCAUCGAUGCGUUCUACGGCGACUCGGGCGCGCGAGACGGCGUGAGCAGGAGUUACAAGCAGGCGGUGGAAGACCUCGACGCCGAGACGAUCAAGGCGCUCGACGGGCCUUACCGGACGACAGUAUUAGAUCCCAUCACCAGAUUCUGCGCCUACUUCCCAGAUGUCAACGAAUGCAUCAAGAAGCGCGGCCACAAGAUGCUCGACUACGACGCCCUGCGCGCCAAGGUCAAGAAGCUCGCCGAGAAGCCCGACAAGGACGUCACCAAGCUGCCCCGCGCCGAGAAAGAGAUGGACAUGGCAAGGGCCCAGUACGAGCAGCUCAACGAGCAACUAAGCACCGAGCUGCCCCAGCUCAUCGACCUGCGCGUGCCCUACCUCGACCCGAGCUUCGAGGCCCUCGUCAAGAUCCAGCUGCGCUUCUGCGCCGAGGCGUACAGCCGCAUGGCCCAGGUCCAGCAGUACCUCGACGCCGACACGAGGGAACAGUACGCCCAGGGACACCUCGAUCAGCGCGUGGAGCAGGUGCUGCAGGAGAUUCGGGAGCUCAGCAUCAGCGGUACGGUCUAGACUUUUGGCCUGGUAUUGCUGCUUAUCUUUUUCGUUAUUGGUCCAGAGCGAUGGUCGCACAAGCUGAAUGCCUUGGCUCACUUUCUUU